AUGCCACCAGGAGACACGCCCUUGACCCUCGUCGUCGUCGGCGUCGGCCAGAUGGGCCACAGCCAUGCGCUGGCCUACCACCACAACCCCGGGUUUCGCAUUGUCGCCCUCGUCGACCGACGGCUCUCGGAGAAGAAGAUCCCAGACGUGCUCAGACAGUAUCCAGCCUUGGCCAGCUUCGACGAGGGCCUCGCUCUCGCGCCAGACGUCGUCUCGAUCAACACCCACACCGCCACCCACGCCGACUACGCGGUGGCAGCCAUGGAGGCUGGCGCCCACGUGUUUAUCGAGAAGCCGCUGGCUGCGACUGUCGCCGAUGCAGAGCGCGUCGUCAGCACGGCAACACGCACAAAUCGCAAGCUGGUCGUCGGCUACAUCUUGCGACACCACCCCAGCUGGGUCGAGUUCAUCCACCAGGCGCGCCAGCUCGGCCCGCCGUUCGUGAUGCGCAUGAACCUGAAUCAGCGGUCGAGCGGGGAUGCCUGGGCGAUUCAUCGGCGCAUCCUCGAGGGCGUGAGAAACCCUGUCAUCGACUGCGGCGUGCAUUAUGUCGAUGUGAUGCUGCAAAUCACCGACAGCAAGCCCGUCCAGGUGCGCGGCAUGGGUGUGCGCCUCAGCGACGAGCUCCCGGCCGAUCAAGGACAGGUCAACUAUGGCCACCUCCAGAUCCUCUUUGCCGAUGGGUCGGUCGGCUGGUAUGAGGCUGGAUGGGGGCCCAUGAUGUCCGAGACAGCGUACUUUGUCAAGGAUAUCAUGGGUCCUCGCGGCUCCGUGUCGAUAGUCAUGGACGAGAGCGAAACAAAGGCAGACAAAGACGCCACUGGCUCCUCUGCCGAUGUCAAUUCCCAUACCAAGACGUCCAGUUUACGUGUCAGCACCGUCGUCGACGGGCGUGCGCAGGACAGGAUGCUGUCCAUGCAAGGCGAGCCGGAUCACUAUGCACUUUGCGCACGAGAGCAGCAAUUCUUGCUGGACGCCAUUCGCGAGGGGCGCGAUCUGUCCAAACACAUGGAGGACGCGGUUCGGUCGCUCGUUAUUGUGCUUGCUGCCGACCGCUCUAUGCACGAGAAUCGUGCAAUUGACCUUGGUUGA